CCAAUGAUCUCAGUAAGUGGGCCAAUCUCUACAAGUUGCAGGUGGGUUUCAGCUGAAGUCCGAACCGCUCAGGGAGUUCCAAUCGUCGAACUGAGAAAAUGGGGUUUAUCAUGGAGUUCGCGGAGAAUUUGAUUUUGAGGUUGAUGGAGGACCCAAAGGAGAGGGAUAGGAAAUUUAGGGAGCACGUAUACUCAGUGAAGGAUCGAUGCAACAAGACCAAGGAAAUGUGGAGCUAUCCUCUGCGCCCUUAUGGGUUCUGGACAUUUGAGCGCCACAAUGCCCAGCUUCGCUGGGAUGCUCAGAUUAGCCAGGUGCCAGGUCGUAGGGACCUCUAUGAUGAUCUCAUUGAGAAGAGCAUUGACCCCUCUUCCAAAUGAUUAACCAGGUUGUUUUGGAAUUCCAUAGCAGAAGAUUUUGAGCUUAACCUCCACGGGGUCAGUGGAAGAUCUACUCUGUUACUCCUUAUUUUGAAUUUCUGUGUAUGUGACAGAAGCUCUGCAUGUUUCAUAUAGUGCCUGAACUUCCCAGAUCAGUUUACCAAGUAAAAAUAAUUGUUCAUGUAAGUUGCAUGUAUGUUUUGGCAAGCAUUUGCCGGAAGUUACAAUCUUCUUUUUAAUUUUUUUCUUUUGCUUUUUGUUUUUCCCCUUUUCUCUCUGUUAUCUUUGUUUGUUGAUUAAUUGAAUAAAUUAUAAUUGAACCU